GUGUCACGAUGUGUGUACAAACACAACAUGGCCCUUCCUGUGUUUCCUAACGUCGAGCAGGUGUGUGUCAGACCGCUGAAGAGCGCACCAUGUUUGAGUGAGAAGGACCGCAUGCUCAGCUCACGGCAAGAUGAGGAGAAGUCUGAUUCAGGUGUUUGGAUUCUUGAUUUCUACGUUCGGCUGGUUCUUUGUGAGCUGCACGAUCGCCAUGGACUACUGGAGAGUUAUCUAUGUAGGCGGCAAGGGCGGGAACUGGAUGAUCAAGGCGUCGUGGUACUGGUCGAACCUGUGGAAGGACUGUGUGGUGGACACCUCGUCCAUCACUAACUGCAGAGACUACGACGUGCUGUGGGCCGUCACGCCGUAUGUUCAGGGAGUCCGGGGCCUGCUUCUGAUCGGCGUGAGUCUGGGGCUCGUCGGCGCUGUGCUCUGCUUUUUCGGGAUGGACUGCACGUACAUUGGCGGUAGUCCGAAAAACAAAGACAGAAUAUUACUUUCCGGAGUCGCUUUUCAUUUUGUUGGUGGUUUGGCGGUGCUUGCGGCGUAUUGUUUAUACACAAACAGGGUGGUCAGCGCUGCCUCACCCACUGUGGACAGAAGUAUUAUAAGGUAUGGUUUAGGAACUCCAAUAUUCUUUGGAUUUAUUGGAAGUUUCUUUAUAGUUCUUGGAUCCGUCUUAUAUGCUGUGACCAUCAUCCCGACCAGAAAGUUGACUAGGUUUGCGAGAUCAAGUGACAGGCCACCAUCAUACGUCCAGCGGACAGCGAGUAAAGCACUGUACACUUCUGCAUACUACACACCCUCAAGACAAUCAGUUCUUCUCAGCCAGUCCAACAGCUCUCGCAUCUCCAGGAUGUCACAGGCCACCGGCGAGAAAAUCUCUCCCAGAGACACAUUUGUGUAAACGCUAGAAAAGCUUUGUAGCUCUGUGUGACUGCAACACGUCAAUUCAUUUUUAACGCAGUAGUGUCAUAAAAGAGUAAACUCGUUGAUUCAGCUUCAACCAUGUAAGAAAUUAUAUCAAAUAUAGUUGUUCUGUAUGAACUCUAAACUGAACUUUAUCUAAAUUAAAGACUUUUGCACAUUUGGCAUCAGGCUUUUCCCCCUGCGACAGGGACUGUGUUUUCACUACUACUGUACUUCUCGAAAAUCUCUUACUGGUUUGGAGCAAAACCAACCAAUAUUAAAAUCUCUUAUUCGAAUGCUUGUGAGUUUAAGUGACUGUGGGACUGAUGUUUGUGCUAGAAACCCUCUCUAAAUCAAGAGGAGCACCAAAACAUAACUUUGAAAUCAUGUGUGUUGUGAAAAGUGCUGUGCAAAUAAAUGAGAAUUGACUUUCCUA